AUGGGGCGCACAGAAGGCAGCGCCACACCUACAGCGGUGCACCGUGGCGAUGCUCAGCCGCUUCCUGCAGAGGCCGCACCGCACUCUGCUCAUCUUCUUCUCCUUCUCCACUUUCUCCACCUUCUCCUCGGCGCCGAUGCGGUCCUCAUUGAUCUUGUCUAUCUUCCUCUGCCGCCUCUCGCUGCCGACCUCGAGGCUGCGCGGCGGCUCGUGGCGCGACAGGUCCAGGCCCUCGUCGCUGAGGUGCAGGUGCUCCCUGUUGCGGUGGCGGCUCAGAGCUGGCAAGAUCCUGUCAAUUUAUUUUAUUAUUUUAUAAAAAUGUAUUUUAAUAAUAUUUUA